AUGCUUUCUUUUUGCCCAUACUGCUCGAACAUGUUGCUUGUGGGGCUGAGUGAAGAUGGCUGCAAUCGCUUGUAUUGCACGACAUGUCCAUAUGAGUUCAAGAUCAAUGGAUUACAGAUGUACGAUCGCAAGAAUUUGUCAAGAAAGCAGGUUGAUGAUGUUCUUGGAGGAGAUGGAGCGUGGGAGAAUGUGGACCAGACCGCGGCACAAUGUCCUGUUGACAGCUGUGGCGGAGACAAGGCAUACUUUUUCCAAUUGCAAAUACGAUCUGCUGAUGAGCCGAUGACGACUUUCUACAAAUGUGUCAAGUGUAAUCACCAGUGGAGAGAGAAUUGA